AUGACAACUAGCGAUGAGAUGGGCACCUUCUGCCAUGACCACAUCCAGCAUCCGCUGAUGUGGUGCGAUGAUAAGAAGCGCCUCAUCGAACGAAAGAAUGCCGAGGAGAGUUUACGUAUGUGGCGACGUCGCAAGGCUGAGGAAUGUGCUCGCAAGGAGAAGGAUAAACAGGAGUACUAUGAUUUGUUCCUGCAGCACUGCCCCUGGGGUCGGCCGGGUGGAGGCGCUCCCAACGUGGAGGUGCGACGCAAGGAUAUUACCGCUGUCGGACUCCACUCAACACCAACAGUUACUACCGCCCAUCGCAUUAACUCGCUGCAGCCUUGCCGCUACAAUGAUUACUUCUCCAUGCAGAAAAAGUGCCACAAAAACCUGCUGGCGGCUUACUAUAACCAUCACCAUGAUCAUCCUCAUGCCUGCCAACUUCAGCCGGGCGGCCGAAUGACGAACGCGCAUUCAAUUCAUCAUCUGCGAGAGAGUGGACCUCGAAGCAGCACUGUGACCAUCUGUGAGCGCGAGCAUCCGGUGAAGGCUGGUGUCAGCCUGGGCCACAAUGCGAACGGUCAUGUGGACAUUGAGUUACGAUACAGGCCUCCCCCACCGUGCAAAAGCAAGCCGACGCUCGACAAGAUUGUUGUCAAUAGUGAGAGCGACCAUCCUCUGCAGGAAAAGCUUGUCUCGCAGAAAAAGAAACUACAGACAAAGCUGGAAAAGCCGCUGUGCAAAGAGCCCUGGGGCAAGGCCGGCCCUGGUGGCAAGCCCUGGCGAAGUCCCAAAGAAGUAGGCAACACUUUUAUGAAGUCGCUGGGCUGGACGAACAAGGAAAUGCUUAAAGAGCUCGAUCAGGACAAUCCCGUGACUCCCGCUGAGAAAAAUACAUUUCGCAAAUCGAGGGUCAGCAAGCCAUCUAAGCCCCAGCGCUGUUGUGAUCUUUGCACCUGCAAGUGCCCCGCCGUGAACACCUUAAGUCCACUAAAAUCGUCUAGAAUGAUUGCAGCUGCAAGGCCGCAUGCGCCUGCAUGUGGUCUACGAUCACCGCCCAAAGAAUGCAAGCCUGUGAAACUAUGCCCACGGGUGCAGCGAGGGAACUGUACGGGCGGCACUGGCAACAGUACAGCUACACCGGAUGCCAGUAUGGAGAAUGGGGCAGGCGUUGAACUGGUACCACUGCUGGCACGCAGGCGAGGCUUAAACCGGCCCAUCAGUCUAUCUAGCACGGAUGUAACGAAGAGGACACCCUCGCAUGAUAGGUACGCACCACCCAAGCACAAGACAAAGUCCAACAAAGAGCAGAACAUCAGCAAUAUCAUCAAAAACAUUAGUCACAUAAAACGGCUUUCCAAGAAUUUGGACUGCAAGUUGAAGUGCUGCGAUUGCGGCUGCGCCCCAACCAUAACGCCGCUUCGAGCGGACGUCUGUUGCCUCAAGCGCCUUACAGUGCACAUACGAUAAUCCAAGUCCAUCCUGUCCAACCUGUCCAUCUGUGUGUUCGUUGUUGUCUUUGUAUCUGACUCUUUUUCUAAUUCUGAUUCGUUAUCAGUGUGUUGCACUUGCAUCCGCAUUCGUUUCUCUGUUAGCAUUAUGCUUACCAUUACUGUAGCUGUUUCCCAUUUGCUUGCUCUGCGCAAAUACCAAAUCUGAGCUGAGCUGAGCUUACAAAAAUCAUAGCAAUUGAAAAUAAUUUGCGACGAUUGCUUCAUCUUUGUGUUUUUAAUGGUUUCUCUAUCAAUUCUUUUGGCUCAUACAGCAAGAAAAUAUCAAUUGUAAUCCAAGUGAAAGUAUAGCAUCCAAAAAAGCAAGACCAAACUCACCAAAACAAAUUGAACAACCAACAAUAACCAAAUCAUAAUACAAAUCUUCUAUGUAUCCCCGUGCAAAAUCCGUUUGCAAAAACGAAACCAAAAACCAAAUCGAUACCAAAACAAACACUUAAAAUAAACGACUUAUCAAUGCAACAAUCAACAAUUUGCCCAACCUCGUUGCUGCCCAUCGCCAUUGGCCAACAUCGACCUUGACUGCAUAACCAACCACCCACUGGGGCAAUUCCUUGCAGGAUACAAACGGCCGCCGAUAUGCGCUAUCUGCACGAUUUAAAUGUGCAAAUAUCCCAGAAACGGCGCUCGGUCAGCGUCUCCAGGCAGAUGGACCGGGACCUGUGUAAUCAGCAUUUCGACACAUUCGAAACGUUCUGGGGA